AACAAACAAACAAAUAAAACUGCACUAUUUAUGAACCUACAGAAAACACUCUUAUCUGAGCAAUUCAUCUCCAACAAAUACUUGUAUGGCCUUAAGUUAAACCUCAACCUUUAUGAGCCUCAGUUUCCUCCUUUAAAAAAUGAAAGAUUUGGACCAAAUAUUAUCUAAUACUGUUUUCAGAAUGAACAUUCUAUAAAGUUCCUGAAGAGUGAGAAAAAAGACACCAGUGGUUCAUAACAUGUCAGCUUUACUAAACUAAGAGAAGUUCGUUUGGCAUCCUCAGGAAUCGUAAAGGACACAUGUAGAGAAACACUAAGGAGCUCAAGUGGUCAAGAAAAAUGCAGUGCAUAUAUACCUAUAUAUUUUUCUUUUAUCAACUAUUGGUUAAUUAGAAUAGCAUGAGCAAUCCAAGAGAUUCAAGAUUGAUAUUAGAGAAAACCAUUCAGGUGAACACUAACUUGUUAUAGCUAUGAAUUUGUUAAAUCUCUGUUUUCUGGGUUUUAAAAAAUAAUCAGCUCACUUUUUCACUGUGAUUUUAAAGGAAAAAAAAAGAAUGAGAAUAACAAGGGAGAAGAUUUAAGACAUCCUGGUUGAAUCCAUGAUAUUGUUUAACAUUAUCUCAUAGCAAACUAGUAUGACUCAAAGCAACUAGGCACAGAAGAAAUAGGUACAAGGAACCCAAACAUGUAGAGCUGAAGACACAUUAAAGUAUGUAAGUAUGUCAGGAGCAGCAAGUUCGUAUUUAGGAAUUAUACUGUAUAGCUGACAGACAUGCACACUCCCACACAGACUAGAUUUAAUAACAUCUUUUUGUUAGCAGCACAUCUUUCAAGAAUCAUUGCACUGGUAAUGUCUUAACUUGACAAGACCUCAGUGCAACAGCCUGCUCUAAAAUGAUCCCACCUUACCUGUUGCAUUACUUACAAAAGGCUGUUCUAGUACCGUCCCACACAUGAACACUCCAAAUGUGCUGCCUCCCAGGCAACACUUCCUCUGAUUUCUCUUGUUGUGGGCUGAUGGCCAUAUAUGACAUGAGUGCAAACUACGAAUAUUAAAUAUACAUGUAUGGGUAUCCUGGGAGAUCAGGCAAGGCAUCAAUGAGUACAUUAAAGCCUUGGGCAUUACAAUAGGUAAUCAUGCACCCACAUAAGAAAGAAAAGGGAGCUCGGCUUUCGGCUCGGAGGAGGCCAAGGUGCAACUCUCUUCGGUCAUCCCAAAUCCGGGUUCAUCCGACACCAGCCGCCUCCACCAUGCCACCAAAGUUCGACCCCAACAAGAUAAAAGUCGUAUACCUGAGGUGCACCGGAGGUGAAGUCGGUGCCACUUCUGCCCUGGUCCCCAAGAUCGGCCCCCUGGGUCUGUCUCCAAAAAAGGUUGGUGAUGACAUUGCCAAGGCAACAGGUGACUGGAAGGGCCUGAGGAUUACAGUGAAACUGACCAUUCAGAACAGACAGGCCCAGAUUGAGGUGGUGCCUUCUGCCUCUGCCCUGAUCAUCAAAGCCCUCAAGGAAUCACCAAGAGACAGAAAGAAACAGAAAAACAUUAAACACAGUGGGAAUAUCACUUUUGAUGAGAUCGUCAACAUUGCUCGACAGAUGCGGCACCGAUCGUUAGCCAGAGAACUCUCUGGAACCAUUAAAGAGAUCCUGGGGACUGCCCAGUCUGUGGGCUGUAAUGUUGAUGGCCGCCACCCUCAUGACAUCAUAGACGACAUAAAUAGUGGUGCUGUGGAAUGCCCAGCCAGUUAAGCACAAAGGAAAAUAUUUCAAUAAAGGAUAAUUUGACAACUGGUUAAAAAAAAAAAAAAAGAAAAGGGAGUGACACACAGAAAAGAGAGGCAAGGUCUAAAGUGAAACCUGCCCCACAACUUGGGCCAUUUAUCAUUAUCUGUACACAGAGAACCCCAAAUUACUUCUUGCUCUAAGUAGAGUGUAGGCAAGGACCUUAACUAGUUCCCAAAUCCCAUGUGGACCAUAUGCAAAACAUUAUCAACAAGAGUAUGAAAAUUACUAACUUGCGAUACCAUUCCGACUUCAAAAUAUAAUGGAAAAAAUACAGCUAAAUGUAGCCUGCCCUAAAAAUCCUAUCACUAGAGCCUCCAAUCAGAACUCAAAAAAGAUUAACAUAGGAUUCAGAAACACUCUGCAAGUAAAAACUUCCUCACUUUAAAACAGAGAUCAUCAAAUUGAAAAAGUGCUGUGACCUGCUGAAGUCACACAAGUUUUUAUAUAAAUAUACAAUCACAACUUAGUUCUAAGACUCCUCCAAUUUUGGGCAGCAACCCCUCUUAAUUUUCUCUCAAAAUUGUGGAGAGAAAAUAUCUGAAUUAAGAAAUCCAAAAGAAAAAUAUUAACAACAGUGAUGCCUUAUCAAUUUUCCUAAAAAAUAUGAAGCAGAUGAAAUUCAUUUCACUUUCAGCAUGCACAGCUUAUAACACAUAAUUAUCUUUUUGCUUGAGUUAAUUAUUAGCAGUCAAGAAAAACUCAUUUCCAUGUUAGCACUCCU